AUGAAAAAGGCGAAAGAAGCAAUCAUUCGCCCUCGGAGGAAGAUAUACGAUUUAACUCAAUUACCUAUUUCAUUUACCUAUUCAGGAAUGAGAUUUACACGUUGUCCUUGCACGUAUCAAAACAAAAGAAAUCUGCGAUUAAUAGGAUCAGUCUACUAUCUAGAAGAAAAACCAAUUAUUUCAGGUGAUCCUUGCGUAAUCUAUCUCCAUGGAAAUGCUAGUUCUCAAUUAGAAGGAAGAUUUUUAAUUCCUAAUUUAUGUCCCCACGGGAUUGCAGUCUUUUGUUUUGACUUUGCAGGCUGUGGCGAAAGUGAUGGUGAAUAUAUUUCGUUAGGAUAUUACGAAUCAUUUGAUACAAAAUUUUUAAUAAACUUAUUAACUGUUCAAUUUGGCUUUUCAAAGUUUAUACUAUGGGGCAGAUCGAUGGGAGCUGCUACAGCACUACUCGUUCAUCAUCCAAGUGUUGUUGCUUGUAUUUCGGACUCUGCUUACAUUUCCGUUGAAUCUAUGGUUGAAACUAUAUCUAAGAAAACCGACAUACCAUUUCUAUUUCGUCCAUUUGCGUCAUGGCUCUUGAAAGAAUCCGUAGACAGCACAGCUUUCUUCGAUUAUCGAGAAAUUAACGUUUUAGAAUCUAUCAAGAAAAUCAAAGUUCCUGUUAUCAUUGGCCACGCAGAAAAUGAUCAGAUAGUACCUUUCGAGCACAGCCAGUUGUUAUACCAAGCUUGUCCAAAUGUGAUGAAAUUGUUUAUGAAACUUCCUGGUGGACAUAAUUCACCAAGACCAAUCGAAUGGAUAAAACUUUGUGUCUCCUUUUGCAUCGAUCAGCUUGGAGUGAGACACGAUGGCGAGCUAAGACUGUUUGAGUGCACUGACUUGCAAGAUUUUGAUGCCCACUUUGAGAAGUCAUCGGAUUUUAUCUCCAAAAAGAAGAGAAAAGGAGGGAGCGAGGAUGGAGAUGAUGGUGUUCGCUCAAAAUCCAGAAGAAAUUACUCAGAUGAUGAAAUUUAA